AUGUCGGACGAAAGCCCCGAGCUUCAAUCCGCAUUGCGGACCCUGGACCGCGAACUAGAGGAGGGCGAUAUCACCGAGAAAGGAUACCAAAAGCGACGUACCGUCCUGCUUUCCCAGUUCCUCGGUCCAAAUAAACCUCUUGACCUCAAUGCCCACGCGACCUCAAGCCAUGCCGACUCAUUAAGCGGUUCUCACAUUGCCCCUCCCGCGAUUCUGAAUGUUCGGCCACCCACUGCCGACUCGUCACAUCCAACCAUUUCGUCUCCUACGUAUGCUGCUGCGUACGAUGGUAGUGGAGGGUACGGGUACGACCAUGGUGCCAACACGGACAUGCAGGACCCCUCCCCGGCACCCACCGGAGGGUCUCACGACAGAGAUAGCACCGGAAUGCUGCAGACAUUCGAUCGAGCGCCAUCCGCAUCGUCGUACGAUUCGCUUUUCCUUCCCAGGCCGGGACCUGGGGGAUCCCAAGGACCGGAUGGCUCUAGGACGGCCACUCUCAUGAGUCAGAACUACGCCUUCAACCCUGAAACGCAAACAGAGUAUGCGCAGCCUGAAUAUGCUCAGCCGGAGUAUUCCCAGCAAGAAUAUGCCCAGCCAGAGUACGCCCAACCCGAAUAUUCCCAAGCGGAAUAUGGCCAACCCGAAUACGCGCAUGAUGAUAUGGGAGCCUACGACCCUGCAUCUGGUGGUGUCACACGGCAGUCAACAAUGCUUGACUCGCAGCAAGGAUACUUCUCAGAUUUUGCUGGUCAGCAGCAUGAUGAUUACAGAGAUAGCUAUGGUGGUGGUGGAUUUCACCGUUACUCUCAAUCCGGCGAAGCAUUUUCUCCAACAGCAAACAUGGCGCCGCCUUUCAUUCCGGCCUCAGAGCUGGCGCAGCACGGCCCUGCUAUUCAACAUUUACUUCCUCUCGAACCCCGAGACAUCCCGUUUGCCGUGAAUGACCCGCAUGAAAAGAAUACCCCCAUGUCAUCUUUCGACAAUCUUCCGGCCGUUCUCCGACAUCGUGCACGAGCCCAUCCGAAGCAACCGGCAUACUGGGUAUUGGAUCAGAAGGGCAAGGAGAUUGCAUCUAUAACGUGGGACAAGUUGGCUAGCCGCGCGGAGAAAGUUGCCCAGGUUAUCCGCGACAAGAGCAAUCUGUAUCGUGGAGAUCGUGUUGCCUUGAUCUAUCGUGAGACUGAAAUCAUCGAAUUCGCCGUGGCUCUCUUGGGCUGUUUCAUUGCUGGAGUGGUUGCCGUGCCUAUUAACAGCCUCGAUGACUAUCAAAGUUUGAACCUAGUACUCACCUCAACCCAAGCCCACCUUGCAUUGACGACGGAAAACAAUUUGAAGGGUUUCCAGCGUGACAUCACUGCCCAAAAGCUCAACUGGCCGCGUGGCGUUGAAUGGUGGAAAACAAAUGAGUUUGGAAGCUUUCAUCCCAAGAAGAAAGAUGACUCCCCUCCCUUGUUGUUCCCGACUUGGCAUAUAUCGAGUUUGCUCGAGCUCCGACAGGAGAUAUGCGUGGCGUGGUGA